AACUCACCCCGCGUUGCAAGAAAGUUAUCUUACAUUCUCCUUCAAUUUGCUUUCUACUUGGCGUACCCACUUCAGGAUGUUGACUUGUUCGAUCAUCUCUGGGGUCGCGUGGCUAGAGGUGGUAUCAUCAUACCACAGACAAACUAGCCGGUAAGCUGGCUUUCUUGGGGGCCAGCUGCUCUCCCCUUUUUCCCUCCCCCUUUCCUUACCGCCGCCGUCAACCCUAGGCAGGGUAUCUCUCUUGAUACCACAUCAUCUUGCCCGGAUAUCAAUUAGGCUCACGACACUAUCAUGGGGUAUCCUGGGUGUCCAGCUUGUUGCACAUGGGCGGAAGUCUUCAGGUAGGAUUCCGGACCGUCUGCCCAAAUACUCACGGCGUGAUGCGGGUCUAGAAGGGGGCAAAAGAUGAAGAAGACCUAUCGUGCUUCCUAUCUUUUUCGGCCGCCGUAAUCCGUCACAUAGUUAGCCGUCAUGAUACGGUUGGGUCAUCACCGCUGUUGCCGCCGCCGUCAGAUGAGGUCUUUGUAGGGGAUGGAAACGAAUAUAAAUAUCCCCUGAGGCGCUGCCGAUCUGCUCUGAGAUUCCUCGCACGGAUCGAACAGAUCUUCAGAGCUGAUCUUCGAGAGUAUCUCUAUCCCUUCCUCUCUUUCCCCAUACUUACCCCUGAUAGACUGUCUAUCUCCCGAAGAUCUACCUAACACCAUGAAGCUCCUCUCUGUUCUUGCGCUGAGCGCUACCGCUACCUCCGUCCUCGGAGCUAGCAUUCCUGUUGAUGCCCGGGCCGAGAAGUUCCUCAUCGAACUUGCCCCUGGUGAGACUCGCUGGGUUACCGAGGAGGAGAAGUGGGAGCUUAAGCGGAAGGGUCAAGACUUCUUUGACAUCACUGACGAGGAGGUUGGAUUCACUGCUGCUGUUGCACAGCCAGCCAUUGCCUACCCAACCUCCAUCCGCCAUGCUAAUGCUGUUAACGCCAUGAUUGCUACCCUCUCCAAGGAGAACAUGCAGCGCGAUCUGACCAAGCUCAGCUCGUUCCAAAACCGCUACUAUAAGGCUGACUUUGGCAAGCAGUCUGCCACCUGGCUCCAGGAGCAAGUCCAGGCUGCCAUCAAUACCGCUGGUGCCAAUCGCUACGGAGCCAAGGUCGCCAGCUUCCGACACAACUUCGCUCAGCACAGCAUCAUUGCCACUAUUCCCGGCCGCUCCCCUGAAGUCGUUGUCGUCGGUGCUCACCAAGACAGCAUCAACCAACGCAGCCCCAUGACCGGCCGCGCUCCAGGUGCCGAUGACAACGGCAGUGGCUCCGUCACCAUCCUUGAGGCCCUCCGUGGUGUUCUCCGGGACCAGACCAUCCUCCAGGGCAAGGCUGCCAACACCAUUGAGUUCCACUGGUACGCCGGUGAGGAAGCUGGUCUUCUGGGCUCCCAGGCCAUCUUCGCCAACUACAAACAGACCGGCAAGAAGGUCAAGGGCAUGCUCAACCAGGACAUGACCGGUUACAUCAAGGGAAUGGUCGACAAGGGUCUCAAGGUGUCCUUCGGUAUCAUCACCGACAACGUCAACGCUAACUUGACCAAGUUCGUCCGCAUGGUCAUCACCAAGGUAAGCUUCAACUCUUGAUAAAUAUAUUUUUCAUCGAUGAAAUGAUGUCCUAAUAAUGCUUAAGUACUGCUCAAUCCCAACCAU